UUGUCAGUAUUCCGGGGAGGGCCCUAUGUGCGUUGGGUCGUCUGGGUGGGACAGAGAAAGUCCAAGGCAGUAGCACGCAAACCAUCGCGUCGGGAAACUGUACCGAAUAAGGGGGGCAGCACGAGCCUGCAUCCGAGUGACAGAUACACGCCACUGCUUGGGCACCCCGGCUUCAUAGCCUAUAGUGAAAGUUGCACAGCGGGUGUUGAUAUCUCACCCCAUGAGCAAGGCUGCAGUGUGGACCAACACCACCACCACCGACACCAGUGGGCCUGGAGCAAGGGAGCGACGCUGUGCCUGCUAAGGCUCACCGCCAAGGCUACCGCUAGUGCUCCUCCGAGGCAGAGAGAGGCAGGGAAGGAGACGACAUGGCGGCGUCCACCAUCGGCGAGUACUACGCGGGGAAGAGCGUGCUGAUCACGGGCGCCACAGGCUUCAUGGGCAAGGUGCUGGUGGAGAAGCUGCUGCGCUCCUGCCCACGCGUCUGCGCCCUCUACCUGCUGGUGCGGCCCAAGGCCGGCCAGUCUAUGCAGGAGCGCGUGGACGACAUGAUGAAGUGCAAGUGUUCGCCCAGAGUGUUUAUAGGGAGCUCUUACAGGGCUGUCAAUCAAACCUCUUCUUCCCUCAGCAGUGCUUUCCCUCCCCUCCCCAUUGGCUGCCAUAAACAGCUUCCUCCUCCUCUUCCCACACAGGGCUGGAUUGACAACUUCAACGGGCCCAGCGGCAUUUUCAUUGCGGCAGGAAAGGGCAUUCUCCGGACCAUGAGGGCCAACAACGACGCAGUGGCCGACCUCAUUCCUGUGGAUGUUGUCAUCAACCUCACACUCACCGCUGGAUGGUACACAGCCGUGCAGAAACCCAAAUCGGCACUGGUAUAUAACUGCACAACGGGCGGAAUCAACCCCUUCCAUUGGGGAGAGAUCGAGCACUAUGUGAUGUCCACCUUCAAGAGGAACCCCUUGGAGCAGGCUUUCAGACGACCCAACGCCAACAUCACGUCCAACUACCUGAUCAACCAGUACUGGAUCCUGGUCAGCCACAAGUUCCCCGCGCUGCUCUAUGACCUCUUCCUCCGUCUGUCGGGGCAGAAGCCACAGAUGAUGCGGAUCUUCAACCGGCUGCACAAGGCCAUCGGCCUGCUGGAGUACUUCAGCAGCCAGGACUGGGAGUGGAACUCGGAGAACAUGAACAUGCUGAUGAGCCAGCUCAGCCCUGAGGACCGUAAGACCUUCAACUUUGACGUGCGUCAGCUGAACUGGCCUGAAUACAUUGAAAACUACUGCAUUGGGACAAAGAAGUACGUCCUGAAUGAAGACAUGUCGGACAUCCCUGCCGCGCGGCAGCACCUGAGGAAACUGAGGAAUAUCCGCUACACCUUCAACACUGUCCUUGUCGUCUUCAUCUGGCGCGUCUUCAUCGCCCGCUCCCAGAUGGCGCGCAACAUCUGGUACUUUGUGGUCAGCCUCUGCUUCAAGUUCCUCUCCUACUUCCGAGCGUCCAGCACACUGACCAAGUGAUCACGCAACCCAAAAAAACUCCAACACUGCCCCCCCCCCCCCCCUCUCCACCAGCCAUCAGCCCAGGCCACCCCCCCCCAGGCCCUGUAGAGACCUGCCAGGUCACCCUCCCCAAUCACCUGCCCAACCCUCCACUCCACUCCUAACUCUGACCAAGGCCUCACGCACAGCGCAAGCGUAAGGUUUUCUGAUGAUGAGUCUCACCACACCUCGAGAUCGCUCGGUGGGCUGGGGGGGGGGGGGGGGAGCGCAGCAGGGGAUUGUGGGAGCUGCAGUCUGCCUGGGCUUGGUGAAGGGACUCUGAAGAAGGGAUUUGUCUUGGUCAUCUUUUCCCUCAGUCUUAUCUUGCACUCACGCCAUCCCUCCCCAGAUCUCUUUCUAGAUGAUUCUGCUUGUUUUGUUCCUGCACUGACCUGUUCUUAAGUCUCAAUCAUUUAAAAAUCAGAAAAUUCCUGAUUCUUCGUUCCUGAAAUUUCAGAACCCCCUGCCCCUUUUUUAAUGUCAGCUUUUCCUUACAUUGACAGAUUAUAUAAUUAUAUAUAUGCAAUGAGUAACUCCGGUCGUGUGAUAUCAUCCUGUCAUUGUAAUGCAUCCACAUUCAAUGCCUUGCCACUUUGGACGAUUUUUUGAAGCCUACUUGAAUAAUGACGGCGUUGUUCUGCCGAAGGAUGUUUUGUUUAACCUGAAUCUUGAAACAAAAAGUUGAAAAAGAACCAUUUUAUCGUGCUGUAAACAGUGUCCUUUUCUGCCUUCCAGUACAUUGAUUGCCCACCUAUAUAUAUAACGAUUGCAAGCCCUCUUUGGGGACUGUGGUCCAUUCCAAGGACAGACAGCACAUUGCAUUCAAGGUUAAUGUCCAAAAAAUACAAGAUUAAAAAAAGUAAAGCACACUCCUUGAUCAGUGGAGGUGUCAUCAAUGGUACUAAAAAUAAUGUAUUAUUGGAGUUGCUACGUUUGUUAAUGUUUUUGUGUUGUCGUAACAAACCACUAUCACUCUUGAUAUCAGUAUGUGUAACAGACACUUGUGGACUUGUUUUAUCGUUUCCACCUUUUGCCUGUUUGUACAGCAGUUUGUACUGAAACUAAGUUUACUACUUUUACAUCUUUCUAAAUGAUGAUCACGUCAAACUAAGGCUUGUCAUGUUAAUGGUUGCCGAUGGUAGUGUAUAAUAUAUAAAUAAACCUACAGAAUUUGAGAAGUCUGUAAAUACUCAUAGUUAUAUAUUAUUGUUGUAAUUACAAUAGUACCAAAGGGGUUACACAGCAGCCUCAUUUAAUGUCAAGAGAGCUUCCUUCCGUUUUUGUUUGUUUGUUUGUUUGUUUGUUUUGACCAACACAACAACGCAGAAACGAUUCAUAAUGUGUCUGAAUGUGGACUGAUGUGUAUAUGGGGGAUGCUGUAUGUAAAAUAAGAUACAGAAAACUGUGUUAAUCAGAGAUAUUCUGAUAUAUUCUGAGCAGUCUCCGCACUCACCUUCCUAAUACCCUUAUUCAGCAUCCAUCUUUGGCCCAUGUAGGGUGAACCCAGUUUAACGGUCAGUUAAGCCUUUCACUAAGACGGAACUCCACCUACAAUGCCUCCUUGGCAUUCAGUGGUAGCAUCUCUAGUUAAGGUUUGUUUCUAUGUGAGUCUGUGGUUUGUCGAUGACACAGUAAGAUGGUCACCUUUAUUUUUUAUCAUCCAAACUACAUUGUCGACAGUGCAUGAUAGGACACCACAUGAGGUCUGGGCCUGACACUUGUACUGUAAUGUUGGGGAACACCUUCAUCUUUUUAUUAACUAUUUUUUUUUUUUUUUUUUUUUUUUAAGACCUUGGUUUUAAGUGUUAAUUUACUGUCUUAUCUCUGUUCCCUCUCUGAAGAUGCUUCAUUGAAG